GAACUUGCAUGCCAGCGUCUGUCAAGUCGGUCUUUCUGCAAGCAAGUGCGGCGUGUACAAGAACAUCUGAAAAUGUCGACAAAAGUGUCAAGAGAUACACUCUAUGAGUGCGUCAAUGGCGUUCUGGCCAGUUCGAAGGCGAAUAAACGUGGCUUCCUGGAGACAGUGGAAUUGCAAAUUGGCCUGAAGAACUACGAUCCGCAGAAGGAUAAGCGUUUCUCCGGCACCGUUAAGCUAAAGCACAUUCCACGCCCGAAGAUGCAGGUUUGCAUCCUUGGAGAUCAGCAGCACUGUGACGAGGCAAAGUCCAAUGAUGUUCCCUUCAUGGAUGCCGAGGCUCUGAAGAAGCUCAACAAGAAUAAGAAGUUGGUGAAGAAACUGGCCAAGAAGUACGAUGCCUUCCUGGCCUCUGAGUCUCUCAUCAAGCAAAUCCCACGUUUGCUGGGUCCGGGUUUGAACAAGGCCGGAAAGUUCCCUGGGCUGCUGUCUCACACUGAGUCAAUGACCCAGAAGAUCGAUGAGGUCAAGGCCACCAUCAAGUUCCAGAUGAAGAAGGUGCUGUGCCUGUCCGUAGCCGUUGGCCAUGUCAAUAUGCCCACUGAUGAACUGGUGCAGAAUGUCCAUCUGUCCAUCAACUUCUUGGUGUCACUGCUGAAGAAGCACUGGCAAAAUGUGCGAUCUCUGCACAUUAAAUCAACCAUGGGACCCCCACAGCGGCUCUACUAAGCACUAUUUUGUUGCCGGAAUGCAAUAAAGGCGAAAAAUAAUGCGAGAA